CUGCUCUCCACACAGAGAGGGGGAGACUAGUUAAGCUAAAAUGGCCGGUUCCGGUGAGCAAGAAGCCUUGGUGGGUAACAAGCAGGUAAUAUUCAAGGAUUUCGUCUCCGGUUUUCCAAAAGAAUCGGACAUGUUUGUCACUACCGGCUCAGUAAAACUGAAGCUACCAGAAGGUUCAAGAGCAGUUCUUGUGAAGAAUCUUUACUUAUCAUGCGACCCUUAUAUGCGAGCCUUGAUGAAACCCCAAGAUGCCAAUUAUGGUUCAGUCUUCACUUCCUACACCCCUGGCUCUCCCGUUUCUGGAUUUGGGGUGGCUAAAGUUUUGGAAUCGGGCCACCCGGACAUCAAGGAAGGGGACUUGGUUUGGGGAGUAACCACAUGGGAAGAGUACUCUGUGAUUAAAGCACCCGAAACACUCAUCAAAAUUCAGCAUACUGAUGUACCCCUUUCAUAUUAUACAGGAAUUCUUGGUAUGCCUGGUAUGACUGCUUAUGCUGGGUUCUAUGAGGUCUGCUCUCCUAAGAAAGGAGAAUAUGUGUAUGUGUCCUCUGCGGCUGGUGCUGUUGGUCAGCUUGUUGGACAAUUAGCAAAGUUGACAGGCUGCUAUGUUGUUGGAAGUGCUGGAAGUAAAGAAAAGGUUGAUCUGCUCAAGAACAAGUUUGGAUUUGAUGAGGCUUUUAAUUAUAAGGAAGAGCAUGAUUUGAAUGCAGCUCUAAAAAGAUACUUUCCUGAAGGUAUUGAUAUUUACUUUGAAAACGUUGGAGGCAAAAUGUUAGAUGCUGUACUUCUCAACAUGAGAAUUCAUGGCCGCAUUGCUGUCUGUGGGAUGAUCUCACAAUACAAUAUUGACAAGCCUGAAGGUGUAAGCAAUUUGAUGAACAUUGUGUAUAAGAGAGUCCGUGUGGAAGGAUUUGUAGUCUUUGAUUACUUACAGCAAUAUUCCAAGUUUCUGGACACACUUAUCUCAUACAUCAAAGAUGGAAAGAUAACAUACGUAGAGGAUAUUGCAGAGGGUCUGGAGAGCGGUCCUGCUGCCUUGGUAGGACUCUUUAGUGGCCGGAAUGUGGGAAAACAGGUUGUCACAGUUUCUCUGGAGUAAUCAGCCAGCCUUGUUUGCUCAAGUAUCCACGCUGCUUAUGUGAAUGGGCGUUUUUCAUUUUGGAAUAAUAGGCAAAUAAGCCCACGAAAUUAUUUGUUUUUGGUCUGAACUCUUUAGUGCAUAUUGCUUUGAAUUUAUAAGGUAAUGUUGUUUUAAACAAUCUACAAUUGAUACCAAUCAUUUAUGAGUAAUGAUAGGGGGUCGAUUUUGGGAACGAAAACGGGGAACAAAAAGGAAAGAAAGGCAAAAUAAGAAAUUUGGAAUUCA